GCGGGAACUACUUAUGUGCGCCGGAACGUGCUUUGCGUCUCAUCUAAUUGGCUGUAGGCGUUCAGUCCCGCCUCCGCGUUCCUAUUGUGUUGUGGUAUUGGUGGAGAUGCCUGAGAGCCCUCGGUGUCCAGAAGCAACCCGGGCUAGUUUGGGCCAGGCCGGGCGGAUGGCAACUCUUAAAAGGAUUUAGGAUCAUGGCAGCAGAUGAUGACAAUGGCGAUGGAACAAGUUUAUUUGAUGUUCUUUCUGCCUCUCCUCUUAAAAAUAAUGAUGAAAGUUCAUUGGAUAUAUAUGCUGGAUUGGACACUGCUGUCCCUGAUAGUACUCCUAAAUCCUGUAUACCACCCAGAAAUUGUUUGGAUUUAUAUGAAGAAAUCCUUACUGAAGAAGGAACUGCGAAGGAGGCAACAUUUAAUGAUUUGCAGGUAGAAUAUGGGAAAUGUCAGCUGCAAAUGAAAGAGCUAAUGAAAAAAUUUAAGGAAAUACAGACACAGAAUUUCAGCUUAAAAAAUGAAAACCAGUCUCUUAAGAAGAAUAUAUCAGCACUUAUCAAAACAGCCAGAGUGGAAAUAAACCGAAAAGAUGAAGAAAUAAAUAAUCUUCACCAAAGGUUGUCUGAGUUUCCACAUUUUCGAAAUAAUCAUAAAGCUCCAAAGAUAUCAGAUGUAGUUAAAACAAAAGAUCUUAAAUCCAGAUCUCCCCAUUUGGAUGAUUGUUCAAAGACUGAUCAUAUAGUGAGAAAUGAUGUUUCUAAAGAUGUCCAUCAUAGCACUUUACCUCUGAACCUCGAAAAGGAAGGAAAAUUGCAUUCUGAAAAAAAGGGCACUUCACAUUUACCUACAUCUGUUGAAAAACACUGCACCAGUGGCAUUUGGUCACGCUCCUCUUAUCAGACUGGUGAGGGGAGCUCAAAUGAGGAUGGUAGAAGAGGAAGAAAAGAUAAUAGACAUGGGCAAUAUAACAGAGGAACUGAUAGAAUACGAAAAGACUUUAAUACCAGCUGUGGCGAUAGUGAACUGAGAAAUAGCGAGACUGGUCAGAGGCUACAGGGACGCCCAGAGAAAUAUGGUAAAGAUGAACCUAAGGCUGAAAGCAAAAAUUCAAAGUUUAAGAGUAAUGCAGAUUUGGAUUGUAAAAAUGAACGUAUUAACUCUUUGUGGGAAAAAGAGACUUGCAGAGAAAGAUCACAUGCUCGACUAGAAUCUCAAAGCAACAAAAAACCAGAAAGACAAAGUGAAAGAUCCCAAAAUAUAAAUAGAAAAGAAUUUAAACCUCAAGACAGAGAAGAAAGAAAAGUUGACCAAAAGCCUAAAUCAGUAAAAGACCAGGAUCACUGGAGAAGGUCUGAACGGACAUUGACUCCUCAUUCCAAGAAUGAAGUAAAAUCUCAUAAUUCCAGUAAAUACCAUCUAGACGAGCGGAGAGGAAGGGAAGAUUGUAAAAGAGACAGGGGUGGAAGUAACCAUAGUUUUCAAGGAAGAUGUCUGUCCUCUCUUUUAACCAGUAGAACUCAUAAACAUACAGACUCUAGGGAUGCUGAUGCAGUGCAUCAAUGGGAAAACACACCUUCAAAAGCAGAAAGGCACAGAAGUGAAGAUAGGAGAAGAGAACGAGAAAACAAAGAAGAGAGUAGGCAUAUGAGAAAUGAAAAAAAAGCUCCUGCAGAACAUUUGCAAAAGACUAGCAAGGAAACUAAGGCUGCUACUGAUUUAAAGAGACAGAAUGAAGCCAAAAAUGAUAUAAGUCAAGUCUCUAAUGUUUCUGAAGGAGCAGAUAGUAAAGAGCUUGCAACUAAAGCUGAGAAGGGCCCAAAUGAAACCAAAAGCAAAGACUUAAAGUUGACUUUUAUGGAAAAACUGAAUUUGACUCUUUCUCCUGCAAAAAAGCAACCUGUUUCUCAAGAUAAUCCUCAAAUAACCAGUACUUGCAAACCCAAUAGCAUAUGUGAUUUGCAGUCCCCAGGGAAAACUGAGAAAGAGGCAAGGGUUCCCUCUGUCAGUGAACAUAACACAGAGAAAGCCAAACCAGAGUUAUCAGAAGAUACUCUUACAGCAUCAUCUGAACCCAAGACCAGUAUUCCAGAAAGCACAGUGGAACAAGAUAAUAACUUGUUAGUUAAGUCUGUUGAGAAUACUCCGCAGUGUGAUGUGCUCAUUUCUGGUAUAGAGACUACCUCCUCAGCACUUCUGGAAGUGGAACAAAGAGAAGAACCCUUGUUUCCAUCAACAGAAAUGGAACAGUCUAUUAGUAAUAUAGGGGUAGCAGCUUCUGUGGUAAAGGACACAUCACAAACAAAUGUUUCUCAAAAUUUUGACUUGGGCUUGUUUACCAAAAGAAGUGAUGGUUUAAAUUCUUGUAAUAUUUCGGAAGGUAUGAAAACAAAGGAGACUUUUUCAACAAAAUCACCCAAAUGCAAAGAAAGCAUUUUGCAGUCUUCAAUUGAAGAAUCUGGCAUUUUGCCAGUAGUUCUUUCAGAAGAUAACAACUCCAAAUCUGAGUCUCCUGUAAAUAUACCACUGGCUGAGAAUAAGUCUUGUCAUUUGGAGCCUUGCUUACCUAAAGAGACUCUAGAAUCUUCACUUCAGCAGACUGAGCUUAUGGACCAUCAAAUAGACACUGGAGAAAUAAACUCAGCAUAUCAUGAUGAUGAUAAUUCAGUCAUGAGCAUUGAUUUUAAUCACCUGAGGCCUAUUCCAGAAGCCAUCAGUCCUCUGAAUAGCCCAGUCAGACCAGUAGGAAAAGUUCUUAGACUGGAAAGUCCAUCUCGAGUUCCAUUAUAUAAUAAUAGUCAUAAAGAUGUGCUCUCACCAAACUCAGCUCAUUCUACCUCCAACAGUCAGUCUGAUCUCAAUAAAGAAAAUCAAAAGCCAAUUCACAAAUCUGACAAGUUUAUGGAAGCUGAACCCCUUAAACAUUCAUCUCUAGAUGAAUUAGAAGAAGGAGAAAUUGUAAGUGACGGUGAACAAUCUAAUCCACAAAAAGGUUUUGAGAAGAGUGCCAAACAUAGAGUGUCUACUGGAGUUCAGAAUGCAAAAACUCACCCAGGAAGUAGAAAAACUACUGAGCAUUUGGAUAAAGACACUAGGAAAACAUCAUCUAUAAAAAGUCAACAGACUAAAAGCAAAUGGAAUAAAAGACAGAGUGGCUCUAACAGGUCUUCAAAAACAGAGAAGAAAGAGAAGACAAUGAAUACUUCCAGUCUAGAAAAAAUUGUUCCGAUUAUUGCAGUACCUUCUUCUGUACGAGAGGUCAUGCACAUGUUACGAAUGAUAAGAAAACAUGUAAGGAAAAAUUAUAUGAAGUUCAAGGUAAAAUUUUCAUUAAUACAAUUUCAUAGAAUUAUUGAGUCAGCAAUAUUGAGUUUCAUAUCACUAAUUAAACACCUUGACUUUUCCCAAAUUACUAAGUCAGUAACUACUUUACAGAAGAAUCUCAAUGAUAUUAUAGAAUCUAAACUUAAGCAAGUUAAAAAGAAUGGCAUAGUGGAUCGUUUAUUUGAACAGCAACUGCCAGACAUGAAAAAGAAAUUGUGGAAAUUUGUAGAUGAACAACUUGAUUAUUUGUUUGCAAAGCUGAAGAAGACCCUAGUAAAGUUUUGUGAUUUCAUAAACUUUGGUAGUGACAGUGAUGAAGGAAAAUUUGAAAAAAUAAAUAAAGAGAAAACACAGUAUUCUAAACGCCAGAAGGGGAAUGUGGACAGUCAUUCCAGCAAAGAAAUACUGAAAGAGAAAUCUCCUAAAUCAACAGAAUCUAUUUAUUCCAAAUCUUCAUUGGCAUGUAAAAAAUCUGAGGAAAAACAUCAAAACCAAAAUAACUCUAGUAUUAACACAAUAAAGCAUGACUUUAAAAAAAGUUUAAACACUUGCUUUGAUAAUAAUAAAACCUGUCAUUCUGAAGAGCAGUCCUCAGAACUAAGCUGUCCAAGUACCCCCAAACCUGGAAAAAUUGAAUGCAGCACAAUAGAAGACACACAGACAUUCCAGCAUGCAGCUUUGAAGCCUGAACGGAGUUUUGAGAUUCUUACUGAGCAGCAAGCAUCUAGCCUUACUUUUAAUUUAGUGAGUGACGCACAGAUGGGUGAAAUAUUUAAAAGUUUACUACAAGGUUCUGAUCUUUUGGAUAAUAGUGUUAACUGUAAUGAAAAAACUGAGUGGGAGCUAAAGACUCCAGAGAAACAACUGCUUGAGAGUCUUAAAUGUGAAUCUAUACCUGCUUGUACAGCUGAGGAACUGGUUUCUGGGGUGGUUUCGCCAUGUCCUAAAAUGAUUGGUGAUGACAAUUGGUCGUUACUGUCAUCUGAGAAAGGUCUAUCUCUGUCUUCAGGGCUUUCGAUGCCAGUUCAUCCUGAUGUGUUAGAUGAAAGUUGUAUGUUUGAAGUAUCUGCUAGUACAGCUUUAAGUAAAGAUAAUGUAUGCAGUUCAGAAAAAAGCAAGACCUGCAUUUCCUCUAUACUUCUUGAAGAUCUAGCAGUCUCUUUAACGGUACCAUCACCUCUGAAGUCAGAUGGUCAUCUCAGUUUCUUAAAGCCAGAAAUUUUAUCUAGUGCAACUCCUGAAGAAGUUAUUAGUGCCCAUUUCAGUGAAGAUGCCUUACUUGAAGAAGAAGAUGCAUCUGAACAGGAUAUUCACUUAGCUCUUGAAUCUGAUAAUUCGAGCAGUAAAUCAAGCUGUUCAUCAUGGACAAGCCGCUCUGUUGCUCCAGGCUUUCAGUACCACCCCAAUCUACCCAUGCAUGCUGUUAUCAUGGAAAAAUCCAAUGAUCAUUUCAUUGUGAAAAUUCGGCGUGCAGCACCAUCAGUUUCUCCUAGUUAUAAACAAAAUGUGGUUGAUGAAGCACUGGCUUCUUUCCCCACAGUGAGAAAGGAAGCUGAUGAAGCAGCAGAGAAAGAAUGUAUGAUGUUAUGUCAGAGCACAGUUUUUAAGGCUGUGGAGGAACUAAGAAAUUCUAGCAAUAAUGUUAACAACCAUAAAUCAGCUACUGAAGAACAGAACUGUAUGAUGCAGACACAGGUUCCUGAUAUAUAUGAGUUUCUUAAAGAUGCUUCAGGAAAAGUGGAUCAUAAUGGAGUAGCUGAGGAAUGUCUUAAGUUGCAACAAGUAUUGGAAACUAAAGUAACUGAAAGCAUUAAAGAAUUGUCUCCAAUGGAAGAAAUCUCAAAUUCUGUUGAAGAUCAUCUUUCAAGUGAGUAUAUAGACCUCACAAAAGAUCCAGCCACUGAGACCAAAAAUUUGGGGGAACUCAUAGAAGUGACUGUUUUAAAUAUUGAUCAGCUGGGUUGCUCUGCAGGCAAUUUAGAUAAAAAUGCUCAAAUAGUAAACAGUGUGCAGCCUAAAACUGUAGGUGCUUUUAUAGACUUGACACAAGAUGUUUCAAGUGAGAAUAAAAAUGAAAGUGUCUGCCUGCCUUUAGCUGUUGAAGGAUUGGAGUGUCAGGUGAUAUGUGUGGAUAAAGAUAACUACAAGGAAAAAAAAGUACAGGUGGCAAAUAGAACUUUAGAACGCAUUGUUGAUGAAACAUGUAUCGAUUUAACCUCAGAAUCUCCCAGUUCAUGUGAAACAAGACAGGAUGAUUUGAAGUCAGACCUAGCAUCAAAUUCUGAUAAUAAGGAGUUGCCUGAGUUUGUGAGUAAUGCUCACAAGAAGAGAAAAAACCUUUCUGAGCUAGUUCAUCCUUCUCAGAAAAGACAGAGAAGGGAAACAGACUUAACCAAUAAGGAAAAGACCAAGAAAGUAACCCAAGGUUCUGGUGAGAAUAGUGAAGCUCACAUAAGAAAAACCAGUAAGAAAAAGGCCUCUGUAGUGACUAACAGCACCUCAUCAUUAAAGGCUAGCCCUGUGAAUAAGGACCCACCAGCUGCAUCUGCUACUUCUCCAAGUCUUUCUGCAAAGAACAUUAUUAAAAAGAAGGGAGAAGUUGUAGUUUCAUGGACAAGGAAUGAUGACCGAGAAAUUUUAUUGGAGUGUCAGAAGAGAGGACCAUCAUUGAAAACAUUUUCUUAUUUAGCUGCCAAGUUGAAUAAAAAUCCAAAUCAGGUCUCAGAACGGUUUCAGCAGCUAAAGAAGCUCUUUGAAAAGUCAAACUGCAGAUGAGUUGCUGAAUUCCUUGGAGUCUUAACUGAUAAUGUAUACCACAAAGAAGCUUGAACUUCCUCGUGUUUUAAAUGGGGAAACAGCAGUUUUAUGACAUUUGAUUACCACAUAACAGUCUACAUUAAUUGCUGAUUCUUUAAUCUCAAGUCAGCAUGUCCUGCAAAUAAGUGUGAUUUGCUUACCUGUUUUGGUCAAGAUGUUUAUUUUUAAGCAGAAUAGAACUUGUAAAGGUAAAAAUAACAAAGAUACAGUGUUGAAACCUUAGUUUUGAUAUUUAAAGAUGUUCUUCCCUAAUUUUAUAAAAAUAGUUUUGUAGCAUUUACAGUUUAACAAUUACAUAGUUCAUUUUCAUCCAUUUUUCUUUGCAUUUCUAACUGCCUCCCAUUUUGAUAAAUUGUAAGUAAUUUAAAUAGUAUUUUGUAGAUAUGUAUUAUUAUAAUGUGAAAUAUCUUGUGUAUAUGUACACACAUAGAUGGCUUUGCCUACAGAAUUUUUUAACCUGUAUAAAACUUUUUGUAUAAAAUUUGUUUUCAGUACCAGUAAUUAUAAUAAAACAUGUAAAGUUCUGUUAUA